AAUUUUUUUCAGAAAAUAAUCAACACAAACAAAACAUUUCCAACAUUAUUAAAACAAAUCCCCCCCCCACAUUUGUCUAUCUUUCCUACAUAUAAAUUGAUCCAUUAUUAUUAGGACCGUGCUACAGUGCACCCACCCAUGCCUCCUUUGCUGCCUCCCUAUUUAAGGUGUUUUUUACCUUUUCUCCUUUUUUUCUCCUUUCCUCUAUGUUGCUCUGGAUCUGCUCUUCCGCGGCAGCGACCCGCUCUCUUCUCCCUUUCAUGCGCUCUCCUUCUUACAAGCCGGCAGAGUACAUAGGAUAUUUGGUGAUUAUGGACAUACAAACAUCUAUUGUUACACAUGUUGAGAAUGAGCAACCACAUGAUUUUGGUGGUGAAGAAGAAGACCUGGUUUUAAAUGAGUUGCAACCCAGUUUGUUCGAUUCCAAUGGCGACAUCGUCUACAGGAUCGAUAACUAUAACAGAAAAUGCAGCAGAGAAGUUCAUCUCAUGGAUCUCCAUGGCCGAGUCCUCUUCUCCAUUAGACAAAAGAAAUUCUCAGUUUUUGGAGGAUGGAACGGGUACAGAUGCUGCAACAGCGAAGCCAUUGAUGAAGUUCUAUGCUUUCGGGUUCGGAGAAUUCGGAAUUCUUUCUGGGGACAUUCGAAGCACUACUCCGUUCAUCUUGCUUCUCUUCAACCCGAAGACAACUGUUAUCAGAUCGUUCACUUGCCCGGAAAAUCCGCCUUCAAGAUUGUCAACAACAGAUCCACACUCUUAGCAGAGGUGAACCAAAAGCAGGACAAAUCGGGAGUUGUUUUGGGAGAUGAUGUGUUGAGUUUGAUGGUGGAACCUCAAGUUGAUCAUUCUUUAGUUAUGGCUCUAGUGACAGUCUAUGUUCAGGUUAGCUCGACCCAUUCCAUGUUGGGUUGCGUCCUCUUACCAAAUUCACUCUCGUUCCCAAAUAGCAAGAGGUAAAAGUCUAAAAAAGAGAGUUACAAAGUAAAGUAAACUGUUUUUA